AUGGAAAAGAAGUCACAGAAGAAGGAUGGGAGAUAUACUACUCUGGAGGACAGAAAAGAUAUGCAGGAGUUGGACUGCUUUAUUAGCAGUCAACUCCUGGCUGGAAUAAAGGAAGCAGUCACAGAAGUAAGACCAGUUAAUGACCGGGUCAUCCUGGCAAGACUAGAUGCAAAACCCAGACCAAUGAAUAUCAUACAGGUGUAUCUACCAACCACAGCAGGCGAGGAAGUGGAAGUAAAAGACGUGUAUGCAAAGAUUCAGAGAGAGAUUGAUGAGAUACCAAAGAUAGAAAGAUUAGUAAUAAUGGGAGAUUUCAACACCAAGAUUGGAAGUAUUAAAGAUCAUGUAGCAUGUGGAAAGUUUGGUUUAACAGAAACUAACGAAAGGGGCGAAAUGCUACUAGACUGGAUGGAAAACAAUAACCUGAUAACCUGA